UCUUCAUUCGAAAAAGGGACCCAAAAGAAGAUAUAAUGUUCAUUUGAGAUGAGAUAUGGAUGUUUUUGGAUGAGGUGGUGCUGCAGUUAAGUUUUUUUGUAUGGAUCCUUGCUUUGUUACUUGUUUUCGUACUGUUUUUCUUGUUCUGGUUUUUUUUCCUGCUUUGCUCAGUCAAAAGAAGCAUCCUUGGAACUAAGAGGAUCAGAUACUGUUAUCUGCCCCUGAAGGUCUCUCAUCUCUAGGGAAAUUAAUGUGAAUCUGUCUAUUGUCCCCUGUGCUACCUCUCUCAAUCAAGUUAUUUCAGGAAGAAUGAACAUUGUUCAGAAUCUCAUGGAGAGACUAAGAUCCCUUGUGGGUUCCAAGGGCUGGAAUUAUUGCCUUCUUUGGAAAUUAAGUGAUGACCAAAGGUUUCUUGAGUGGGUGGAUUGUUGUUGUGCUGGAAUUGAUCAGACUAGUAUUGAAAAUGGUGGAGAACUUCAAUUUCCUGUUACUCCUGUUCUUCCUUGCAGGGAUGUUGUGUAUCAACAUCCAAGAACCAGAUCCUGUGACCUUCUUUCUCAACUUCCUUCCUCCAUUCCUCUGGAUUCUGGAAGUUAUGCAGAAACCCUGAUAUCAAACCAACCCAGAUGGCUGAACUUCACUAAUAGUCCAGAAUCCAAUAUUUUAGAGGAAAUUGGAACCAGGGUUUUGAUUCCGGUGGCAGGAGGACUAAUAGAGUUGUUCAUCACUAAACAAGAAGCUACCAUGAAUCCAGGCAGCAUGGGUACAAGUUUCACCGUGUUUAACAUACAGGAAGUUCAACCAAAGCCUCAAAAUGACCAGAAAGAUCACAACAACAUUCAUUUCCAAUCCACAUUAUCUCCGGCAUUAGAAAAUCUAAAUCUCCCCUACGACAUCUCAGCUGACCGGAUCCACCUCUGCAGUUCUCCCAUGGACUUCUCUAGCUACAACCCUGAAAACAAAACUAAAAAUGAUAUGUUCUUUGAAAAUCACCCGUUUGUCUCUCCAUCAGCAGUGGAUAAUGGCCUUCAAGAGAUGGAUCCAAUGUUGCAAAGUUCCAUGAUGUCAAGUGAAGCAGGGGUACUUUUACAAGGGAAUAGUGAUAAGGACACGGUGAAACCGGAGAAUGGACGAUCUGAUUCUGUCUCAGAUUGCAGUGAUCAAAUUGAUGAUGAAGAUGAUGGAAGGUACAGAAGGAGGACUGGAUCAAAGGGUCCUCAAUCCAAGAACCUUAUGGCUGAGAGGAAAAGGAGGAAGAAGCUUAAUGAAAGACUCUAUACUCUUCGUUCCUUGGUUCCCAAGAUAUCCAAGUUGGAUAGAGCUUCGAUCCUUGGAGACGCCAUUGAAUUCAUGAAGGAUCUACAGAAGCAAGCAAAAGAACUCCAAGACGAGCUUGAAGAACAUUCAGAUUUAGAUGAUGACAGAGGAGCUAAGAACACAUGUUCAGUCCUUAAUGGUGUUCGAAGUGUUAAACAUCCCUGGGGUAAUAUUCAAUCCGAGAGCUUGAUGCAAAAUGCGGUUCCAAUGGAUCCCAAGUCAGAAAAUGAAAAUGGCUCGAAGCAAAAUCUAGAUUCAGAACAUGUUGAUGACAAGACACAACAGAUGGAGGUUCAAGUGGAAGUAGCUCAAAUGGAUGGAAACAAGUUCUUUGUUCAGGUAUUCUGUGAGCAUAAGCCUGGGGGAUUCGUAAGAUUAAUGGAGGUCUUGGAUUCAUUAGGACUGGAAGUAACAAAUGCAAAUGUGACCAGUAACUUAGGCCUUGUGUCUAAUGUCUUCAAAGUUGAGAAAAAGGACAGUGACACGGUUCAAGCUGAUCAUGUGAGAGACUCUUUGCUAGAGCUAACCCGAAACCCUUCGAGGGGAUGGUCUGGUUUGUCUAAAGCCGCAGAGGGCAAUAGUGGAACUAGCGACUGUCAUCAUCACCACCAGCAACACCUCCACAUCCACCACAUUAGUUCCCACCACAACCUCCUUCAUCACUUCCAUAAUUAAAGAAAGAAAUAUCUUCCUUAUAAAGUUUUAUAUGAACAUCAUGACUUUGUAUCUCAAAUGUCUUUGCACAUUUCAUUAUUUUCUGUGUUUUGAAAAAUCAAUUCAUCUCCAUUUGGAACAUACAAACAAUGAAUCUCUUACAGCAAUAAAGGGAUGAAAAAUAA